CCUGUUCUUGCCGCGUGAUCACAACGAAGUAUAAAUUAGUCAAUGAAAUAUCUAAAUUUUAAUGAACUUCGGAUUUCAUGUUAUAAUCAAAAUAUUAUAAAAAUUUUGAAAGUAAUUUUUGUAAUAAAAAAUUUAUUCAUUUAAAUUAUAAAUGAAAAAAAUUGUUUUAAGUUCCAUAUAUUUGACAUUUUUGAGUAGUCCAUGUCUUUCCCAUGAGGUGUUUAGUGGUGAAAAACCAGAACAUUGAAUAUCUUGAUCUUUCUUAUUGUUUAAAUUUAUUAUAUAUUUACUGAAUAAGCACUUUUUAAUAAAUCAACAUGCCGAAAAAUAAAGGAAAAGGAGGUAAAAAUAGAAGAAGGGGAAAAAACGAAAAUGAAACUGAAAAAAGAGAAUUAGUUUUUAAGGAAGAUGGACAAGAAUAUGCACAAGUUACAAAAAUGCUUGGUAAUGGAAGGUUAGAAGCAAUGUGCUUUGAUGGUGUAAAAAGAUUGUGUCACAUUCGUGGAAAAUUACGGAAAAAAGUAUGGAUUAAUCAAGGGGAUAUAAUAUUAAUUGGUUUGCGAGAUUAUCAGGAUGCAAAAGCAGAUGUCAUAUUAAAAUAUACAUCAGAUGAAGCUCGUAAUUUGAAAACAUAUGGUGAAUUCCCAGAAACUGUUCGCAUUAAUGAUACUGUCACCUUUGUGGAAGAUGGUUUUGAUGAAGAUAUUGAAUUUGGUGAUGAAAUUAGCGAUGAUGAUGAAGAUGAUGUUGACAAUAUCUGAUGAUCUUCAGUAUAAAUAUACUUUAAAGAUAUGGUACAAGAGUGCAUGAAGACAUCUAUUUGUUUUACAAGAUACUAUCAUUUGUUGUGUAAUUAAGAUAUUGAAAUUUUUUGAAAUAAGUAGUCAAUUUUCUGUAUCUAUAAAUAAAUUUUCACUUGUCUGUGUAAUAUUGUGUUACAAUUUAAAAUUAGAUCCUGAAUUUUUAGGAUCUGUAAUUGUCAUUAGAUUUAUGGUAUUCACUAUGAAAAGCCUGUCUUUUAAUUUUAUAUGACUUCGAAAUUUCAUUUUGAACAGAUAUUUGAUUAUAAUUGUUUUUCUUUAAAUUAAUUUAAAUUUAAAGAUCUGUAUUAAAAUUCAAUAUUAGAAUAAUUAUAUUAUCUAGCUAAAUUGAGUUAUAAAUAAUUAUGUAUUUAUGUAUAAUAUAUUUUUCUUAUAGAAAAUUUUUUUUAUAAUUUUUUUUUAAUAGUGACAAUUAAGUAUAUGUAUUGUUAUUACAAUUUUGAACAGGGAAAAUAGUGAACACCAUAUAUCACUGCAAUUCUAUAUGUGUCAAAGCAUUUCAUUGACUCCAUAUGUUAUAUA